AUGGCACGGCCUCCCGGGCUCUGCCUACUGGUCCUGCUGGGGCUGGGGCUGGGGACGGGGGGCUCACCCGCCUGCCGGGACCCCCGGGGCCAGCCCCGUCGCUGCAUGCCUGUCUUCGAGAACGCCGCCUUCGGCCGGGCCGCCCAGGCCACCAACACGUGCGGUUCACCCCCUGAGGACUACUGCCUGCAGAUGGGCGCUCGCCACGCCAGCACCCUGUGCCACCGCUGCGAUGCCACCGACCCCCGGCACCACCACAACGCCUCCUUCCUCACCGAUUUCCACAGCCAGGAGGAAAGCACCUGGUGGCAGAGCCAGUCCAUGGCCUUCGGCAUCCAGCACCCCAACUCCGUCAACAUCACCCUCCACUUGGGCAAAGCCUAUGAAAUCACCUACGUGAGGCUGAAGUUUCACACCAGCCGCCCCGAGAGCUUCGCUAUCUACAAGCGCAGCCGUGCCGACGGGCCCUGGGUGCCCUUCCAGUACUACAGCGCAUCCUGCGAGAAGACCUACGGGAAGAGGCAGCGGCAUUACCUGCGGCCGGGGGAGGACGAGCAGGUGGCUUUCUGCACCGACGAAUUCAGCGACAUCUCCCCGCUGAGCGGGGGCAACGUGGCUUUCUCCACCCUCGAGGGACGGCCCAGCGCCUACAAUUUCGACGGGAGUCCUGCGCUGCAGGAGUGGGUGACUGUCACCGACCUGCUCAUCUCCUUGAACCGGCUCAACACAUUUGGGGAUGACAUCUUCAAGGACCCCAAGGUGCUGCAGUCAUACUACUACGCCAUCUCUGACUUCUCCGUCGGCGGCAGGUGCAAAUGCAACGGCCACGCCAGCGAGUGCGCGCCGGACGAGGCCGGGCAGCUGGUCUGCGUUUGCCAGCACAACACGGCCGGCGCCGACUGCGAGCGCUGCCAGCCCUUCUACCAGGAUCGGCCCUGGGCUCGCGGCACCGCCGAGGCCGCCAACGAGUGUCUCCCUUGCAACUGCAGCGGCCGCUCGGAGGAAUGCUUCUACGACCGGGAGCUGUACCGCCGCAGCGGGCACGGGGGUCACUGCCGCAACUGCCGCGACAACACGGCCGGGCCCCACUGCGAGCGCUGCCAGCAGAACCACUACCGCUGGGAGCAGCGGGCAGCCUGCCAGCCCUGCCACUGCCACCCCGCAGGCUCCCUGCAGCCCCAGUGCGAUAAUUCGGGGACCUGCGUCUGCAAAGCCAACGUGACGGGCUGGAAGUGCGAGCGCUGCAAGGACGGCUACCACAGCCUCAGCGAAGGUGGCUGCAGACCCUGCGCCUGCGACCCAGCGGGCAGCGUGGGCACCUGCGACCCCAACACAGGGCAUUGCACCUGCAAGGAGAGGGUGGAGGGGCACUUGUGCAACAGGUGCCAGCCGGGCUGGUUUAACCUGCAAGCCCACAACCCCACCGGCUGCACCAGCUGCUUCUGCUACGGCCACUCCACCGCCUGCACGGCGGCAGAUGGCUACGAGGUGACCCACGUCCGCUCCGACUUCAGCCAAGGGCUGGAGGGCUGGGCUGCCGCAGCUCUGGGCAUCGCAGACCUGCCUCUGCGCUGGGCUGAUGGGGAGAUCGUCACCAAGUGGGAUGGAGAGGAGCCGGUGGACUUUCUUGCACCAGAGAAGUUUCUGCAGAACCAGCGUCUCAGUUACGGGCAGCUCCUGUCCCUGCUGCUGGGAGUGGAGGGGAACGGGACAGGGAUGGAGACUGGGAUGCCCCUACUCCGGGUCCAACUGGUGCUGGAGGGUGAGGGGAUGCAGAUCACCAUGUCCAGCAGCAAGAGCCAGCCCCAGCACGGAAAGCAGGCUGUCACCUUCAGGCUGCAUGAGGCAGAGGAGGGUGCAGAGCCUUCACUGUCAGCCUUCAGCUUCCAGCGCCUGCUCUCCAACCUGACCACCCUCCGCCUCCGCGUGAGCCGUGGCCCUGUGCAAGGCAGGCUGUCCCUGAGCGAGGUCCAGCUCACGUCUGCUCGCCCCGGGCUGGGGGCACAGGCGGGCUGGGUGGAGGAGUGCGUGUGUCCCCCAGGCUACACCGGGCAGUUCUGCCAGUCCUGCGCGCCCGGCUUCAAGCGGGAGAUCCCCUUCGGUGGUCCCUUCAUCAGCUGCGUGCCCUGUACCUGCAACCAGCACGGGGACUGUGACCCCCUCGGAGGGCACUGCCAGUGCUUGCACAAUACAGAAGGUCCCUCCUGCGAGCGCUGCAGCCCCGGGUUUUAUGGCAACCCCUUCGUAGGGCGCUUCGAUGACUGUAAGCCGUGCCCCUGCCCCGGCCACUCACCCUGCACCAAGAUGCCUGGCAGUGGGGAGGUGGUCUGCACCCACUGCCCCCCAGGACAGAGAGGAAAACGCUGUGAACUCUGCGACGAUGGGUUUUUCGGGGACCCCCUGGGGCAGAGGGGCCCCGUGCAUCCCUGUGUCCCCUGCCAGUGUCAUGGGAAUGUGGAUCUCAACGCCGUGGGGAACUGCGACCCUGUGUCCGGCCGGUGCCUACGCUGCCUGUACAACACGACGGGCGAGCACUGCGAGAGGUGUCAGCUGGGCUUCUACGGGGACGCGCUGGCUCCCGAUCCUGCCGGGAAGUGUGCACCUUGUGAUUGCGACCCCGACGGUUCAGCCCCGGGACAGGAGGGCUGCGAUCCUAGCACGGGGCAGUGCCGCUGCCUCCCGCACGUGAUGGGCAGAGCCUGUGGGCUCUGCCAGCCUGGCUACUACGGCCUGCAGCCUGCCGUGGGGUGCAAGAGCUGCGAGUGCCACCCGACGGGGUCACAGGAGAGCGGGUGCCACGUGGUGACGGGGCAGUGCUCCUGCCAGCCGGGCGUCACGGGGAAGCAAUGUGACCGAUGCCACCACGGCUUCUUUGGCUUCUCUGCCAGGGGCUGCCGAGCCUGUAACUGCUCCCCGCUGGGCUCCGUCACCCCGCAGUGCCACGAGAACAGCACCUGCCUCUGCCGCCCCGGCUUCGUGGGCUACAAGUGCGACCACUGCCAGACCAACUUCUUCCUUGACCCACCGAGCUCCCGCUGCCAGCAGUGUCCUGCCUGCUAUGGGCUGGUGAAGGAUGAGGCUGACCGGCUGAAGGCCAGGCUGCAGGAGAUGGAGGAAUGGCUGCAAGAAACAAGCUGCGAUGCCCACCCGGGCCAGUCCCCCGUGCUGGGAGAUGCACCCCAGGGAGACGGGCUGCCCAGACCUCACCUCCUGCAAGGUGCCCGGGCCGCCCUCUUGACGCAGGUGGGGCGGCUGGCAGGGGUGCUGGGCACAGCGCAACACCAUCUCAGCAACGCCAGCAAGGCCACCGGCUGCUCUGGCCACGGACCCCCCAAGACCUGCAUCCUGCUGUCAGAGAUUGGGGCUGUGCUGCAGUCGGCGCAGCGGGAGAUCCUGCAUGCUGCGGACACCCUGGCUACCACGGAGAUUCCCCAGGAAAUCCCUCAGCAGCCCACGAACUGGAGCCGCCGGGCACUGGAGGCGCGGGCACUGGCUGAGAGCCACCGGGACACCGCGGCGCAGGUGGAGGCGGUGGUUGGGAGAGCUCUGCGUGCCUCCAACGCCAGCUCCGAGCUCCUGCGGAGCCUGCUGGAAGGGAAUGCGAUGCAGAAGGCACAGCACGAGCUGGAGGCUGGGUACGAGGAAAUCCAGCGGGCGCAGGAGGAGCUGGGCGCUGGCGUGGCGGAGGUGGCAGUGGAGGCCGGGAGAGCUUUCGCAGCCGUGCAGCAGUCAAAUGCAGACAUGGCCGAGAAACUUCUGCAGGUGGCUGCGCUGGGGCAGCAGGCGCUGCCGGUGCAGGCUGAAGCCCUGGCACAGGACUUGGCAGCGCUGGAGCAGGCAGCAGAGGCACAGGAGCCAUUGGCUCAGCAGGCUGUUGAGGCAUCCCGUGCUCUGGCAGCCAGAUUGCGCCGGGAGCUGCAGAGGACUCGUGGCUUCGUGCAGCUGCAGGACCGGGCUGGCUCUGCCCAUGGCACAGCCACCUUGGCUGUCUCACGUGGAAAAGCUGUGCUCUCCGACACAGAGUCCUUACUGGCCAGCUUGCAAGGCAUGAGGAAGGUGCUAGGGCAUCGGAAGGGCCAGGCUGCCCUGAGCAGGAGGAUGGCACUUGUGCAGGACAGGGCGUUGAUGGAGGCCCACAGGAAGAUUAAACAGGCAGAGAAGACGCUGGGAAACUCCUUGUCUGUCUCCACCACAGCCCAGAGGACAGCCAGGGAGGCUGAGCAAGUCUCUGGGGAGAGCACCAAGAGGGCACAGGCUAUGCUGCAGGAGAGCAAGCAGGCCCGCAAGCACGCCAGCCAGCUUGCCACACGUGCCAACGAGACCCAGCGGGAGCUCUCCCGGCAGGAGCAUGAGGCUGAGAAGCUCAGGGGCGACCUGGAGGAAGCACAGCGGGUGGGGACAGAGGUGAGUGAGAUGGCAAAAAGUCUCCAGGAAGCCCGGGGCUCACUCAUCUCGGACAUCAAGACCCUGAACAACCUGCUGAGCAGCCUAGGCAACCUGGAGCAGGCCGUGCAGGUGGAAGCGGUGCUGAGCGCCGGGCGGCUGGAGCUGGAGCGGCUGUGGCUGCGCCUGGCUGCGCCGGGUGCCCUGGCCGGCCAGCUCAGCCUGCUGCAGCAGGAGGCGGCACGGCAGCAGGAGAAGAUCCAGGCGUUCGAGAGCGACUUGGCUGAGAUCCGGGCUGACAAGCAGAACCUGGAGGACAUUUUGCGGAGCCUCCCCGAGGGCUGCUCGCAGUGGCAGUGA